UUUAAGUUGCCCGGCGCGGAGGUGGGGCCGAGCCUCCUGGACCGGAAGAUGACUGGAUGCGUCACUUCCUCCCGGAAGAGGGCCUAGGCGGAUGUCUCCGGCACGUCCGUGCAGGGGGCUGAGGGCCGCGGUGGCUGCCAGCAUGGGGUUGAGCGAGGGGCCGGCGGGCUCAGCCCGGAGCGGGCGCCUCCUUCGCCCGCCAAGCCCGGCGCCGGGGGCCCGGCUGUUGCGGCUCCCGGGGAGCGGGGCCGUGCGGGCCGCAAACCCGGAGCGCGGCGGCUGGACCGAGGCGCUGCGGGCCGCCGUGGCCGAGCUGCGCGCCGGCGCCGUGGUGGCCGUCCCCACCGAUACGCUGUACGGCCUGGCCUGCUCGGCGAGCUGUUCGGAAGCACUGGGCGCCGUGUACCGUGUCAAGGGCCGCAGCGAGACCAAGCCGCUGGCCGUAUGCCUGGGCCGCGUGGCCGACGUCUACAGGUACUGCCAUGUGAGAGUACCCGAGGGGCUCCUGAAGGACCUGUUGCCAGGACCAGUGACCCUGGUAAUGGAACGCUCAGAGGAGCUCAACAAGGACCUGAAUCCUUUCACUCCUCUUGUAGGCAUCCGGAUUCCUGACCACGCCUUCAUGCAGGACUUGGCCCAGGUGUUUGGGGGGCCACUCGCGCUCACCAGUGCCAACCUCAGCUCCCAGUCCAGCUCUCUGAAUGUUGAGGAAUUCCAGGACCUGUGGCCUCACUUGUCCUUGAUCAUUGAUGGGGGACCCAUUGGGGACGGCCAGAGCCCAGAGUGUCGAUUAGGCUCAACUGUAGUUGACUUGUCUGUGCCUGGAAAGUUUGGCAUCAUUCGUCCUGGUUGUGCCCUUGAAAGUACUUCAGCCAUCCUCCAGGAGUACGGGCUGCUCCCCUCACAUGGAUCCUGCUUGUGACACUCUGGAGGAGGGUGGGCCCAAUGACUGGUGCUGGACACUAUGUGUCCGACCGCUGGUAGCUGGCAAGGCCUCAUUUGCAGAGGCUGCUAGGGCUACAGUGUUAGUAGUCUGACCUUUUAAGGCAGAGUUUCUUUCUGAACUGUAUAGACCAGAACUCAGAAGCUGCUCGUUAAGCCUCACACCUGGUUUGGGAGGUUAUAUUAAUUUAUCUAUAAUUUCCUAUAUUAGCUAAAAGCUGAAUAGAAUUUUAAGUCCAUUCCUAGGAUGGCCUGGUUCGGUUCUUCUUCCUUUGAUUUUUGAAAAAUAAAUAACCAGUUUGCAAUCUAAUGAGAACCUCUUCUCUGGUGGGUAGUGGCAUUUAAGGUCCAAAUCAGCUAACGCAUCAGUUGAUGCUUUUUUAAGAGUCUCAAGUGACCAAAGGCACUUUGUGCUUCUGAAGCUGGAACCAGGUUAGGAUAAAACCUGUGGAGCCAUAGGCCAAACACUACUUCCUCUGAACCAGGGCUGGUUCUGUGCUGUAAUUGCCUGGCAGAGUCAUCAUUUUGGUCUAAUGAUGGGAAGUAAGCUCAGUUGGGGCAGGGGGGUCCAAAUUAUUAAAGAAUGUUGGAAAAUCUCUGCUGUUCUUUUUAGCCACUUUUUUCUUAUUUAUUCAUAAUACAAAGUAUAAUGACUUACACCUGUAAUACCUUUAUUUAAAUCCAGUGUCUACCCUGCAGCUUUUAUUUACAUAUAUAUAUUUCUCAAGUAUUAAACAUAAUUAUUGUUGGGCAUUUGAACUUUGUUUUUUCUUUAAUAGAAAAGAAUGCUAUUAAACCUCUUUGUACAUGUU